AUGAAGCUCCUGACUUCAAUCUCGCUAUUCAUCUCAUUCACCUAUGGUGCCGCCAUCAGCAACCCGGAGCACAUCGACUAUGAAGGCUACCAAGUGCACCGCAUCAGUACCGGCCAGCACCUGAAAUCCAUCCAAGAGAAACUAUCCUCUCUGGACUUCGACCAAUGGAACUCAGACAUUGCCUCACAUAUCGACAUCGUGCUCCCACCCUCACAACUCCCAGCCUUCUCAGCCCUCAACAUCCCAUCACACUGCAUGCACAGCAAUCUCGGCGCAUCCAUCAAAGCCGAGUCUGCACCACCCACUUCAGCCUGGAAACGCUCCCUCGACGACCUAGCCUGGUAUGACAGCUACCACAGCUACGACGAGCACGUGUCAUAUUUUGACGAGCUGCACGCCGCAUUUCCGGAGAAUUCGGAGCUCGUGUCGAGCGGAACCAGCUUCGAGGGCCGAGAUAUCUUCGGCUUGCACUUCUGGGGCAAAGAUGGGCCCGGGAAACCCGCUGUCCUAUGGCAUGGUACCGUGCAUGCGAGAGAGUGGAUUACAGCGCCGGUGAUUGAGUUCUUGACCUUAAAUCUCAUUCAGGGAUAUAAAGCCGGCGAUAACUAUACCCAGUCGUUCGUGGACAAUUACGAUUUCUGGGUGUUUCCGUUCGUCAACCCUGACGGCUUCAUCUACACCCAAACCACCGAGCGACUAUGGCGCAAGAACCGACAGCCGCCACCGCCACCGCCAGCCAAUCAAUCGUGCAUCGGCCGCGACAUCAACCGCAACUGGGCGUACGAAUGGGACGGCAACCCACUGGGCGCGAGCACGGACCCGUGCACACAGGUGUACCGGGGCGAAGCACCGAGCGACUCGCCGGAAAACAAGGGCCUCACGGCGCUCGUCGACACGCUGCGCGACACGUCCGGCAUCAAGCUCUACGUCGACUGGCACAGCUACGGCCAGUACAUCCUCGCGCCGUGGGGGUAUAACUGCACGCUGUACGCGGACGAUCUGGGCCAGCAUAUCAACCUCGCGGGUCUGGUGUCCACGGUCAUCAGGGAGGUGGGCGGCAAGACAUUUACUUUUGGCCCCAGUUGUGGCACGCUCUACGCCACCACCGGCAGUAGUGUCGAUUAUAUCUAUGGUGCGGGCAAGGCCGAUUGGAGUUAUACGAUCGAGUUGAGGGAUACAGGGGACUUCGGGUUCGUGUUGCCUCCGGAUCAGAUUCGGGUGUCGGUCGAGGAGCAGUGGCAGGGUAUGCAGGUCAUGUUGUAUUUGUUGGAUGAGGUUUUCUUUGACGGGGAGGGCCCUGCCGUUCACGUCUGA